GCAAUCCGACCCAUCCGAAUGGAGGGAAAAGAAAGAAAGAAAGAAGUUCGAGAAUGAGAGGGUUUUUGGUGCCAAAGCCAAACUGAGUGAAUUGCUGUUACUAUCAAUUUCGGAAUACACGCUCCAAUUCAAUCCAACAACGACACUCCUUACUCUUGUACAUUUACACCUUCUUCUUUUCUUUUUAUUCUUAGGGUUUUCCAGCAACUCUUUUCUAUUUUCCUUCAAUUAAUUCCUACAUUCUUCGACUCUCGGCAGCAGUCUGCAGUUUCCCUUGUUCUUUUGUUUAUCAUCAUUCCACAGAUGGAGGGUCACUUUCAAAAUUCUCAAAAAUGGGGUUCUCCCACAGAUAGCGAUGAGGUGAAGUAUGUCUCCGGGCUUAGUACAUUACUGGUUGCUACAAUUCAGGAAGCAAAAGAUAGGAUUUCUCAAAUUGAAGACAUAUUUUGUAGUCAUCUCUUCCCAACAUUCCAAUCAAAAUCAGAAUUUCUUCAGAAGAUCUAUUCCAAAGCUCGAAUGGCUGCAUAUACUGAAUGGAAAGAGAAGGAAAAUGAGCUUCGGUUGGAGCUUAGACAAAAGAAUGAAGAAGUAGCUAAAGGGAUUGAACUGAGAGAAAAUUUACUCAAAAAGAUCGAAACAAAAGACAAGGAGAUCAUGAAUUAUGAGAAGCGGUUCCAUGAUCAUGAAAAAGAGAAACAAGUACUAGUAGCCAAAUUGGAAGGUUUGGAAGAAAACUUUUGUGAAUUCCAAAAGGAGCUGGGGCCACAGAUAGAAGAAAUUGAGGAAAAGAGGUUGCAAAACCCUUUUUGUCAGGAAACAAAGUUGAAUGGCUCUGAAAUGUUGAAGCUGUUGGAUGAGAGCGAGAAAGAGAAAAAACUUCUUCUGGAGACAAUAAAUGGUUUACAAGGGAAAGUUAAUGAACUACAGGUACAGCUUAGAGGCAGGACAAGUGAAAUGACUGAGGUUACGGAUUUGUAUAACAAGUCACUUGAGCAAAUUCAAACAAAAUCUUCCGAGUUACUCUCUGAGAAGACGAAAAGAAGGGAUGUCAUUGAUGCCUACAAAAGACUUAAAUCUCAGUUUAAUUUUCUGUGUUCAAAAUUUGGUGUUACUAGGGACAGUUUGCCCUCCCAACAUAAAUUACAAGAUGUAAUUGAUUCAUUGAGGUCUAAUCAAGAUCAAAUAACUUCCCCCAUUCUUGAAGACAAAAAUCAAGAUACUUCUGGAACUGCAUGUGACAUCAAGGUGAAGAAUGAAAUCACUGUCAACAAUAAUUUGGAGGAUGUGAAAAUGGACACACCACUUCAAUCAGUGAGCUGCCCCUCUCCUAUGCGUACUUUCCCUAUCUCACCUAAGUGUCCUUCUGCUGUGAAAUCGGCGCCACUAAUUGGUAGAAAGCGGCCUGCCUCUUGCUGGAGGGAAACUAGGUCUCAUCAAGGUCAAAAAGGGCCUGACCCACAUGAUGAUUUUCUCGAUACUCCUUUGGAGAGCAUCAGAGGAAACCUAAACAAAUCCACAAGGGAAGAAGAACUUUGCAAUCCCCCAGUCCCAAGUACAAAAGACAAGAUUGUUGAUGGUUCAGAUGAUGAGACACAGGAUAUGACUGCUGAUCUUAUUCCACAAAACCAGAAUCAGAUACCGCUUCCAAAUGCUGGAGAGAAAUGUUUCAAAUUUGUGGAGCCUGUAAGAAAGAAAGCUGAACGGGAGAAUUUGAAAGGAGUUGAAUGCAAGCAAUGUAAGAAGUUCUAUGAUGCUGUUCUUUGCAGUGAUAAGGGUAAUAAUACUAAUAAUAAUUUUCGCUGUGAACACCAUGAUGGUGUUUCUAGGCAUCGGUAUAGGUAUGUUCCUCCUAUGACUCCUGAAGGAUUUUGGAAUAUUGGAUUUGAAUCAGAAAUGUAAUAUCCUUAAAGAACUUUUAUUUGUGCUGCACAUGGCUUUAAUAACACAAGUUAAUUUUUCUA